CUCACCCUCAUCCUCUCCCUCUCCCUCAACAUAUUAUCCUUCCAGCCCACCCGUACUCCUAUACCCGGUAUGAAAUAUAGAAUUUAAAAAUCAAAAACUUUCACUCACACACCCUUUGAAAAAAAAAACAAGUAACAAAAUCCAACCCCUCUAAUCCGGCUCACUUUCCACCAGUCACGUACGCCCAGUAAAAAGGAAAUAUAAAAAGAGAGGAAUAAGAACUACAUACAAAAAAGGAGCGGCAAAUUACAUCCUGUUUCUGUAUUCCAAGAGUCCAAACCCACGUACAUUCGACGAGAUCUGAGUGUGUGCUGGAGAAGAGGGAGAAGUAUUUUCAGAUUGUAAAGACUUUAUGAAAAGAAGUUAGAGAUAUGUUUAAAAAACUUCUUUGUUUAUUUUUAAUCAUAAUGUUGUGGAUGUCUGGCAUCGAUGUGAAAACAGUGCUUAUAGGAGCCACUUCAUCAGUAUUUGUGGUGUACGUUGUAGUUCCGUUGGUCUGGCACUAUUCUAUUUCCUUGCAACGGCAGCUCAUCUUUCUUAAUUAUUUGAGGCUACCAUUAUUUUUUGAUCCUGAACAGCCGGAAAAGAAAGGUCUGCCUGGAACAAGAAAUUUUUUCUUGGAAACAGACAAGAAUGUCAAAGUAGGGGUAUGGCACAUUUUACCACAGUCGUUAGUCUCCUCUGCUCCAAAGAAGGGAACCCCAGACUACACACAGUGGUUUGAAAAAAGUUUGGGUGAUAGCAGGCCUGUUGUCCUGUACCUCCAUGGCAAUGCUGGAACCCGGGCUGUACCUCAUCGUGUGGAACUCUACGAUAUACUGAGAAAGAUGGAUUACCAUAUUAUUGCAUUUGAUUAUAGAGGAUAUGCCGACUCCAGCUCAGUUCGUGUCAGUGAGAACGGGGUUGUUCAAGAUGCAAAGGCUGUAUACAGGUACCUGAAGGAGAAAGUAGGGUCCUCGCCUCUCUUUCUUUGGGGACACUCCCUAGGGACAGGGAUUUCAACACAUGCUCUAAGGGACCUGUGCUUAGAUGGGGAACGGCCUUCAGGUCUUGUGCUCGAAUCGCCUUUCAACAAUAUGAAGGAGGAAGUCAAGCUUUGUUUCCUGACUGCAAUAUUCCGCAGAAUGCCAAAGUUUGAUUGGCUUUUCUUGAGUCGUUUAGCUGAAGUUGGUGCAGCAUUCCGGACAGAUGAACACAUUGCAUAUGUGAAUGCACCAGUAUUGAUACUGCAUGCCUUAAAUGAUUGCAUGGUACCUUUCGAGCUGGGUCAGAAGCUGUUUAAGACUGCCAAAGGGGUGCGACCGCAGACUCUGCCACCUGUAAAAUUUGUAGAAUUUGAUGCCAAGUAUGGCCAUGACUACAUUUGUCGAGCCCCUGACCUGCCACAGAUUAUUAGGGAGUUCUUUAGAGAUGCAGAAGGGAAGAAGUAAUGCUCAAGGUCACAUCCAGACUGGUAAGAUAAUAACUACCAAAGAUAGAUAUUAUACAUCACAAAAUGUAUUUAAAACCAGAUGAAGGUUUAUGUAUUAGAAUUUAUUUAUAUGUGCGCGUAUUGAUGGGUGUGUGCGUGCAAGGGUGUUUAUGGUACCCUUGCCAGGAAGAUUGAAAUCAGUUUUAAAAAGUAUUCGAAUAUAAGAUGAGACAUUCCAAUAGGUACUUGUUGCCUAUACGGUGUGAAUGUAAGCAAUAUACAUUGUUACAUCAUGAUGUCAUUCAGAAUAAGUAUUAUAUUAUACUGGCAUAAAUGUGCAUUUUUUUUGGGGGGGGGAGGCUCUCAAUAGUUCUUUGAUAUCUCUCCUGUAUGUUUUUUUUUCUUUCUUUCUUUCUUUUUUUGUACAAUUUCUGUUCAUAGUGGAAUCUUGCCAUGUCAUUACAUAAUGUGUAUGAUAUUUCAUGUUAGAGCAGGAUUUUAGAGAAUUUUUUUCACAUUAUUCCAAACUCAUUCACAUUUCUAGUAGUAUCUAAGCAUACUGCACUAUCUUCAAUCAAAGAA